CGGCUGUGGAGCGCUCGUAGCAACAGGUGCAGUUAUGCCGGUGUGGCUGCGGGAGUACAGCUGGCGGCAGACUGGCUCCACCGUCUACCUCUCGCUGCUGUUGCGUGGCCUUCGGGUCAGCCCCGCCAACAUCUUCUGCACUGAUCAGUACUUGAAGGUAAGCAUCCCUCCUUUUUUGUUUGAAGCUUUUUUAUAUGCUCCUAUUGAUGACACAAAUAGCACGGCAAAGAUUGAAGAUGGAAUCAUUUUCUUCACUUUGUAUAAAAAAGAAGUAGCUAUGUGGGAUUCCCUAACUCUAGCAAAUGCGAGCAAGGAGAAACUGCAAUAUCUAAGACAGAAUGCUGUUCUAAAAGCCCAGAAAAAGGCAAAAGAGGAGACAGAAGCAAGAAAAAUUACAAAACAGGAACACAAAAAUUACGCUCUGGAGGCCACAAUGAAGCUAGAAGAAGAAGAAAGAAAAAGAAUUGAAAAUCUGAAAGAAAAGGAGAGGCAGAGGGUCACUAAGGAGUUGGAAUUGUGGAAAAAACAGCAAAAAGAAACUGAGGAGCAGAAUAUAGUCCAAAAAGAAGGGGAACUACAUCAAGAAGUACAGCAGUUUAAUGAGAAGAAAAAGGGGAAAAUGAACAAAUCCAGGAUUCCUAAUGAGGAAACUUCUAAGACCAGACUCAAACCUACUAAAGGUCAUGGUUCCCAUAGUAUGUUUUCAGAAAAUUUAAAGGAAGAACAGUUACCAGCUCCUCGAUCUGCUGCUACAAUUAAAACCAAAUUUACGUCACGAGUUUUUCCCACACCUCUGCGAGAAUCUCGUGUUGCAGAAGAGGAGGAGUGGCUACAUAAACAAGCAGAAGCUCGAAGAACAGUAAGUGCUGAUUUGUCUGAGCUGGAAGACUUAAAAGAAGAGGAGAAGAAUCCAGACUGGUUAAAAGACAAAGGAAACAAAAUGUUUGCAACAGGAAACUACCUUGCAGCUGUAAAUGCAUAUAACCUCGCAAUACGGCUGAACAAUAAGCUUCCCCUACUGUAUCUGAAUCGUGCUGCUUGCCAUCUUAAACUGAGAAAUUUACAUAAAACUAUUGAAGAUUCCUCAAAGGCACUCGAACUGCUGACACCGCCUGUUCCUGAUAACAAGAGUGCUCGAGUAAAAGCAUAUGUAAGACGUGGAACAGCAUUUUGUCAGCUGGAGUUAUAUACUGAAGGUCUCCAGGAUUAUGAAGCCGCUCUCAAGAUUGAUCCUGAAAAUGAAGCAAUAGAAAAAGAUGCAGAGAAGAUUCGAUGCCUAAUUCAAGGAACAUAAGAUUCUUAAUAGAAAAAAGAGAAACUUUUUGAGAGGGAUGCCUCUUGAGGGCAUCAGAAGAAGUUUUAGCUCUCUUCAAUAUAUUGUUAACUAGUCAUGUUUGUUUCACUCAGAAAACCUACAAAGUUGGUAAAAGAUUGUGUACAAUACUAGAUAUAUGAUAUAGUUUUGAUACAAAGUUUUUGUAUUUUUCUUUCUGUGAAACUUUGGUGUGUUGAAUAUUAAAAUAUGCUUUUGAUACUUAAUUUACAGUUACUAAAUGAAAACAAUAUUUGUCUGGAAGUAUUUACUGAAUCUAGACAAUGGGAGUUCAAACAGUUUCAGUCACUUCUGUCAACUCUUGUUAACUUCCUAUCUUUGUAUUCUCCACCAAAGCUGAAAGUUAUGUUAUACAGGUUAUAUGUUUUCUCUGUUCUUGUUGUUCAUAGUGUUUGGCAUAUCUGAAACUAAAAGAGUGAAAUUAGAUACUCUAAUUCAGGCAUCCAGUCUGGAAAACCUCCACUUGAAAGCACAGAGGUAGAUUUUACAUUGUGCAGAACAUUCUUUUUAACAUUAAGGUAUAUUGAAUGUUUUCAGACUAUUUUGAAAUAUUUGUUUGGCCUGAACCAACAGGGUAAUUAGAAGAAUUAUAAACCUAUAGUGUGGUAUUGUAGUAUAGUGGUAAAUUAAUCCUGUGAUAAUUUGUCCUGUUAGUGAAUAUGACUUAGUUCCUCCAUCCUGUUACAAUUAAUUAACUUAUGGUGUGGCUGUAAAGCAUAUUCUAAAUCCAAAAUACUGUUUUUUAUAGGAGAAUAUGUAUUUUUAUUGAGCUGGUAUUUUCAUUUGUAUUUUGUUGAUAUGGACCGGUA